CAAAAAGCAAAAGUCAACCAUUAAUGAACGUCAUUCGUUAUUCGUCUAUCGGUUCUAUCGAAGGUAUUACGUGAAAAACAAGAAAAUAACAAACCAUCAAAAGUGUUAAUAAUUUCGUGCGAUCUUCACCGAUCGCAUGAAUGUAUUCUAAUUUUCUCUUAUUUUAAAUUACCGACAACUCAAAAAAAAAAACAAAUUGAUAUAUUUUUCUUAAUUUAAUUGUUGUGAGAUAGAAAAUUAAAUUUUGUUAAGAAGCAAAAAAAAAAAAAUGGAACCAAUAAUGACGGGAGAUGAAAUAGUGAUAUCGGGAAUAUCAGGAAAAUUUCCAAACAGUGAAAAUGUUAAUAAAUUGCAAAAUAAUCUUUUAAAUAAAAUUGACUGUGUUACUGACAGCAAAGUCCGAUGGAAUUUCGAACAUCCAGAUGUACCACCGCGAAUUGGUGUUAUGAAAAGUAUUGAUACAUUCGAUCGUAUAUUUUUUGGAAUUCAUGGAAAAUUGGUGGACUGUAUGGAUCCAAUGGUAAGAAUGAUGAUUGAAACAACAUACGAGGCAAUAACGGAUGCUGGAAUUAAUCCAAAAGAAUUAAAAGGAAGUAAAUCGGCCGUUUUCACCGGUAGCAGUUUUUCAGAAUCGGAAAAAACAUUCUUCUUCGAAAAAUUAGAGCAAAAUGGAUUCGGUUUACUGGGAGCUAGUAGGGCAAUGUUGGCAAAUCGACUUUCGUUUUUUUUCGGUCUCACUGGACCAAGUGUUAAUGUCGACUCUACCUGCUGUGGAGGUAUGACUGCUCUAGAUCAGGGAAUAGCAGCACUUAGAGAAGGAAGGGCCGAAAGCGCAAUUAUUGGUGCCAGUAAUGUUGUUCUACAUCCGAACAUAUCCUACCAAUUAUUCCAAUUAGGACUUUUAUCGCCCGACGGGAUUACAAAAUCAUUCGACAAUAAAGCUAAUGGUUAUACACGCAGCGAAGGACUUGUUGUACUCUUCCUACAAAGGGCGCGUGACGCUAAACGAAUUUAUGCCGAGGUCAAAAGUGCACGCAUGUUUUUUGGAAAUGUCAACGAUAAUUAUCCAUUUUUCUUACCAACUCACGAUUCUCAAUCGAAAAAUAUGCAAAUGACAUUGAAGGAAGCAGGUCUUUUGGGAAAGGAUAUUUCAUAUGUAGAAGCCGACGGUUCAGGUAUUAAGGACAUGGAUGCCGAGGAAGUAAAAGCAAUCGACGAGGUUUACAAUGUGGGACGACAUUCGCCUCUUUUGAUUGGAUCUAUCAAAUCUAACAUUGGAUCAUGUUCGGCUACAAGUCCACUUAAUGGAAUUAUUAAGGUUAUCACGGCAAUGGAAAAAGGAUUCAUUCCACCAAACUUACAUUUUAAAGAAACGCCUGAUAAAAUUCCGGCCAUUAAAGAAGGUCGUUGUAAAGUGGUAACGGAACUAACUCCCUGGACUGGAGACUAUGCAGUCGUUAAUAGUUUAGCAUUAAGUGGUGCUAGUGCCAAUGUUGUAUUAAAAAAUUACAAAAAAGAUAAGAAGAACGGAGGAAAACCAGACGACAAUCUUUCCCGACUAGUAACAGUAUCUGGAUGUACAGAAGAAGCUGUUGACGUCCUUCUGAGCGAUUUGGAAAGCCGACCCGCGGAUGUAGAAAUGCUUCAACUUUUGUACGAUGUAUUCGAUACUGAAAUACCAGCUCAUUUAUAUCGAGGUUAUACAUUACUUCCUCCUGAUGGAUUAGUAAAAAAUAAAACACGAGAGAUUCAAUUUAAUACCGGACUCAAGAGGGAAAUAUGGUACAUGUUUUCUGGCAUGGGUUCACAAUGGGUUGGAAUGGGAGAAGCAUUAUUGGAAAUACCAGUUUUCGCAGAAGCUAUAAAAAAAUGCGACCGUGUCUUAAAACCAAGAGGCAUCGAUAUUGUGCGUAUUAUUACAGAAAAGGACCCAAAAAUGUUUGACAACAUUGUCAAUUCAUUUGUUGGAAUUGCUGCUAUUCAGAUUGGCUUAGUAGAUGUCCUAGACUCGGUGGGACUGAAACCAGAUUUCUUAAUUGGACAUUCUGUUGGAGAACUAGGUUGCGCUUACGCUGAUGGAUGUUUUACAGCAGAACAAAUGGUCCUUGCUGCAUUAAGCAGAGGAUUAGCAUCAGUAGAAACAGAAAUGCCAAGAGGUUCUAUGGCAGCAGUUGGUCUAGGCUAUGAAGAAAUACAAAAUCUCUGUCCAACUGAUAUUGAUGUAGCAUGCCACAACAGUUUAAGCAGUUCCACUAUCAGUGGUCCGGCAGAUUCUAUGAAAGCCUUCGUCGCACAUCUAACAGAUAAGAAAAUUUUUGCCAAAGAAGUCGCAUGCAGUAAUAUUGCCUACCACAGCCGAUAUAUUGCUCCCGCAGGUGAAAAGUUAAAAAAAUACCUUCAGGAGGUAAUUCCUAAUCCCAAACUUAGAAGUAAUCGCUGGGUAAGUAGUUCAGUACCACGUGAUGAAUGGAAUUCAGCAAGGGCUCGACUAUCCUCUGCAGAAUAUCACACAAAUAACCUUUUAAAUGCUGUUCUCUUUGCCGAAACUGCAAAAUCUAUUCCAUCGAAUGCAGUUGUUAUCGAAAUAGCCCCCCACGGCCUUCUACAAGCGAUCGUUAAGAAAUCAUUACCAGAGAAUGUUCUCAAUGUACCCUUAACCAAACGAGGUCAUCCAGACAAUGCAUCAUUUAUUUUUACUGCUUUGGGAAAAAUAUACAACGCUGGUUACAACGUUAAAAUUUCGAAUCUUUAUCCUAAGGUCAAUUAUCCAGUAUCACGAGGAACACCAUCAAUUUCCUCAAUAAUUCGAUGGGAUCACUCAGCUAAUUGGUACACUAACUUUUUCAAGCAAGCAAAUGAAGUAAAGGAAGGAGAAAUGAAAUUCACAAUCAAUUUGAAAGACGAGAAGUGGAAAUAUUUGGAACAUAAUAAAAUUGAUGACAAAGUGAUUGUACCCUCUUCUCUUUAUUUAACACUAGCAUGGGAAGUUCUAAAAUCCCUAAAAGAAAAAUCUGAAGAAUCCGUUGUUUACGAAAACAUAAAAAUUCAUAAGCAUCAAGUAGAAUUAUCAAAAGACAAAAAUAUCGAGUUAGUUGUUAUGGUGCAAAAAGGUACCGGUAGCUUUGAAAUAACAAAUAAUGAAGAAUUACUCUGCUCUGGAAUCAUACAAACUACCAAUAACCCCAAUCAGGAAUGCAGUUUAAUUCCUAAAACGGCUGAUAAAGAAUAUCAAGAUCUAAGUGAAAGUGACAUUUACACAGAGUUGCAGAUGCGAGGUUUAAAAUACUCAGGUUUAUUUAGAUGUAUACGUAAAGCAUCAGGGAAUGGAAGCAAUGGGGUUAUGGUAUGGAAAGAUGAUUGGACAGCAUUUUUAGAAGGAAUGAUUCAAAUGCAUAUCCUUGGAAGUGACACUAGAAAAGCACAAGUGCCAAUCACAAUAAGAAAAGUUAUUAUUAACUUAAAAUUACAAAAAGAAGUUGUUUAUAAGUUAGAAGAAAUUCCUGUCACAGUGUACAGAGGACAAAAAACAGUUAAUGCAGGUGGUGUACAAAUGGAAGGAAUUGCCCAUAGGUUGAUACGACAGGAAACGUAUAAAAAUAAUGUUAUUACAGAGAAACUUCAAAUUGUUCCUGGUACAGACGGAGCGCCAUCUAGUUUAACAGAGAUCUUGAAGAUAACUAUUCAACUUUUACAAGACAAUUUGAAAACUUCAAAUCUAAUUCAUAUUGUUAAUGAUGAAAGUACAGAUUCAAAGAAUGUAAAGCAAGUGUUGGAAAAUAUUCUUCAAGACAGUGCGGAAAGUAAAAGACAUAAAGUAGAUGUAGUUUCAUCAACGUGGUUAACGAGGAAUAAAUCAGAUUUUAGUGACAUUGCACUCUUGAUCCUUUCUAAUAUUGAAAAAUAUACUCCCGAAAAAAUUUCCAAUAUCAUCUCAGACGGUAAAUUUGUAUUAGCAUUUACAGAAUCAAAAAACGUAGAUACUGUUCUAAAAAUGGUACAUUCUGUGGGCGCAGGUCUUGUACUUAAAAAAUAUCCAUCAAACAAUCAAAUCGCCUUGCUUUUGAGACAAAAGCAAACUACAAGCAAGAUAACUGUUUUGGAUAUCAAUGAUAGCAAAGAUUGGUCGAGUCAAAUAAAAACAGUACUGAGAUCUAAAGAUUAUGACCGUUUAAUAAUUGCCAUCAGAUCAAAACAGUGUUCCUAUAUAUGCAAAAACAUUGAAGUUCUUCAAAAAGAACGAAAUGGACAUAAAAUUCAAAUUGUAGACAUACUGGAUCCAAAAGUUUCCAAUUUCUCUUUAGAUGAUUCAUUAAUUAGCUCGCAUAUGAAUCUCGAUUUGAAAAUGAAUAUUCUCCUGCCGGGUAAAAUUUGGGGAACAUACACGCAUACUCCAAUUGCCUCCAAUGUUUGUCAAGCGGAAAACUGGAAUGCUAAACAAAUGAAAAGUUCUGAUUUGGAGUCAAUUAAGUGGGUUGAAGGAAUUUCUAAGAGAUCUGAAGACGCAAUUAAAGUCGAAUACUCUUCAGUUAAUCAAAGUGACAUACUGUCGGCAAGUACAAAAACUUUAUCAAAAGACUAUGAAAAAAAUAGACUCGAAAUUAGAUCAUUUGGACAAGAAUAUUCUGGAAUUAAUGCACAAGGAAAAAGAGUAAUGGGAAUUGUUGAAAAUGCUGCAUUUUCAAAUUACAUAGAAAGCAAUAUUAAUUUUACAUGGAAAUUACCAGAAAAUUGGUCAUUAGAAGAUGCUGCAACUGUACCUUUAGCAUACGCUACUGCAUAUUUGGCAUUGAUAAAAGGGGAACUAAAAAACAACGAAUCAAUUUUCAUCUACGAUGGCACUUGUUCCAUUGGACAAGCUGCCAUUAAUUUAGUAUCAAACGUCACAUCUCAAGUAUUCGCUGGAUAUACUACUAAUAACGACAAAAAAAAUCUAAAAGACAGCUUUUCAAAUAUUCCUGAAAAUCAUCUUAUUAGUACAUCAGGUACAUUUCCCGAUCAAAUCCUCGCAAAAACGAAUGGAAAUGGAGUGAAUGUUGUUAUAUAUAAUGGAGACGAUUUAAGUAAAAUAGAAACCUGUCUAAUGUGCGUUAAAAAUCAAGGAAGAAUCAUAGUUGUAGGAAACUUACAACAAGCAUUCAGUAAAUCAGUGGGAAUGGAAAUAUUUUUAAGAGAAAUUGGUAUAUUCUCUAUAGUUACAAAGAAAAUAAUUAAUCUUGAUUUAGCAACGAAAAAGAAAUUAUCACAAUUAAUUGAGAACGGAUUAUUAAACCGAACUGUUAAACCGCUACCCAGAUGUGUCUACUCAAGGGAUCUGCUGAAGGAUGCAUUUAUUCACGGAGCUUCUAAAAAAGUUUUUGGAAAAAUCCUUGUUAAGAUACAGCCAGAAGAUGGAAGUAAUAUAGCUCCUUCAAUACAUCGUUUCUCGUGCAAAAGCGAAGCCUCCUACUUGAUAAUUGAAGGAUUAAGUGACUUUGGACUGGAACUAGUCGACUUUCUAGCGGUUAGAGGUGCCAGAAGUAUCGUCAUAGCUUCCGAAUCAAAAAGUACCAGAGCUUUUAGUAAUCACCGGAUAAGUUUGUGGAGAAGUUACGGAGUUUCAGUUACAAUUCGAGAAGAACUGGAUCUUACACAUCGUGAGAAUGGAAAUGCUCUUCUCGAGGAAGUUGGUACAUUUGGCACAGUGGAUGCAAUUUUCGAUCUUCAGCGCCUUGACAAUUCAUCAAGAAGGUCUUCCAAUGCAAAAUAUUUGUUCACCAAACACCUCUUUGAAGAAUCUAGGCAAAUGUGUCCUAACCUACGCCACUUUAUUAUCUUUUCAACAAGCAAAGUUAUCGGUGAAACCAUUGAUGACUUUUUAUUACGUGAAGUUGAAUUGACAAAAAUUUGUCAACCAAACUCAAAAGGAGUUACAGGACUUUUGAUUCUCUUGGGACCUGUUUCUGGAAUUGCGGAAAAAACAACUGAAUACGAGAGAAAUGUACCACUCUUAUCUAUUUAUAGUAUUAUUAAACAAUUGGAUAUAUUAACUGGAUCAAAUACCUCUAUUGCGUCUGUUUAUCAUAAAUCAGAAGAUGAUACCGAAAAGGUGCCAGAACAUUUCCACGCCGUUAAAGAAACAGAGAAAUCAAAAUUUGUUAAAUAUAUUAAUUCAGAUCAAUCUUUAGGGACAUUCUCUAGGUAUAAAAUUACAGACGAAAAUUAAUGAUUAAAUUAAUUUAAUUUCUUUAAAGGAUCAGUUUGAGAAAUAUUAAUAGUUGCUUAGUACAUACAUACGACGUCUACUAUUAACCAAAAAAUAUUUUUUAUAAUUUUUUGGAAUAAAACUAUUGAUUGUAUGAAAUAG